AUGGUUAAUUCAUACAUUUCAAUAACCAUUUUUAUUUUAUUUUCAAUCGAAAAACUGAUUGCCUUUUCGAAUUUAACCGACUUUAUAAAUCUUCGUCAAAAACGAAGCAUUAUUUAUCAAGGUGGUGCAGUUAAGUUUUCUGUUGCAGGAAUUUGGCCAUUAUAUCUUGAAGAUCCUGUCAAUUGGAGACAAAUGAACUGCCUAGCUGGUUUACAAACACAAUAUGAACUCCCAUCAAAGCCAAGAGACACAUUCUUCAAUAAAAAUUGGGGUGUACCUUAUGAAAGAAACUUAAAGACUAUUCGAGAUGAAUUUGAUAGAUUUUCUUCCAUUAAGCCAGAUUUUUCUCGAGUUUUUGUUUAUACUGCUUUGGAAGAAUUCAUGAACAGAAAUGGUCGCAAUGGACGCGAAUGUUUACUGCGAUCGAUAUGUGAAAAUGCACAAAUCGAUGAGCAUGUUGAUGAUUUCUCACGGAUACUUGAUGUAAUUCUUACUCCAGGAAGAGAUGAUUUGGACGAGGUUUAUCGAGAAGCAUUUAAAGCUGGAGAGUUUGGAGCUGAUUGUUUGACUUCAUAUUCGAAGUGUUCGUACGGAGAUAGUUUUUUAGAUCGAAUUGCUGUUGUAACUUAA